CUUUCAUCAGGGGAAGCCUGUACCCCACUACCUGUGAAGACCCUUAGGGGUAUCAGUGAAAGUGUCACAGAGUUCAGGAUUCGGACGUCAUUUCAGGGAUCAGAAAUAAUUGGCAGAGAGAAGGGAGAACCGGUGUGAAUUCUUAUACCUAAUUUUCCGGGCUCACCAAGAUUUGGCUUAUUAUUUCCCACUCAAUUCCUCCAGCCUCGACAGAACAGGAUGAAUUAUUCAUCAUUACUUAGAAUUUGGGUCUCUUUCAUCUUCGCACUUGUGCAGCACCAAGCCCAGCCCAGGGAGCUCAUGUAUCCAUUUUGGCAGAAUGACACCAAAACCCCUAAAGUAGACGAUGGAAGCUCAUCUGAGAUUAAGCUGGCCAUCCCCGUUUUCUUCUUUGGUGUUCCUUACCGCACCGUCUAUGUCAAUAACAACGGUGUUGUUUCCUUCAACGUGCUAGUGAGCCAGUUUACGCCGGAGUCCUUUCCCCUGACGGACGGGAGGGCCUUCAUUGCUCCAUUUUGGGCAGAUGUGCACAAUGGAAUUCGGGGGGAGAUCUAUUACAGAGAGACCAUGGACCCUGCCAUCUUGAGAAGAGCCACCAAGGACAUCAGGAAGUACUUCAAAGACAUGGCGACCUUCUCUGCCACUUGGGUUUUCAUCGUGACCUGGGAGGAAGUCACGUUCUAUGGAGGCAGCAGCACCACACCUGUGAACACCUUCCAGGCUGUGCUGGUGUCCGAUGGCUCCUACACAUUCACACUCUUCAAUUACUAUGAAAUAAACUGGACUACGGGGACAGCGAGUGGUGGCGACCCCCUGACAGGCCUUGGGGGUGUGAUGGCACAGGCGGGAUUUAAUGGUGGAAACCUCACGAAUUUCUUCAGCCUACCGGGGUCAAGAACUCCUGAGAUUGUAAAUAUCCAAGAGACCACGAAUGUCAAUGUUCCAGGACGCUGGGCAUUUAAAGUUGACGGGAAGGAAAUCGACCCGGCCAAUGGCUGCACCUCCAGGGGACAGUUCCUUCGGCGAGGGGAGGUGUUUUGGGAUGACCUGAACUGCACCGUCAAGUGCCGCUGUCUGGAUUUUAACAAUGAGAUCUACUGUCAGGAAGCCUCUUGCAGCCCCUAUGAGGUGUGCGAACCCAAGGGCCGGUUCUUCUACUGCAGCCCUGUGGAGACCAGCACCUGUGUGGUGUUCGGGGAGCCACACUACCACACCUUUGACGGCUUCCUCUUCCACUUCCAAGGCUCUUGUGCUUACCUAUUGGCCCGACAGUGUCUGCAAACCUCCAGCCUCCCCUUCUUCAGUGUGGAGGCCAAGAACGAGCACCGAGGGGGCUCUGCUGUCUCGUGGGUGAAGGAGCUCUCAGUUGAGGUCAAUGGCUACAAGAUUCUCAUCCCUAAAGGAAGCUAUGGAAAAGUCAAGGUUAAUGACCUGGUGACUUCUUUGCCUGUCACCUUAGAGUUGGGGGCAGUGAAAAUCUACCAGAGUGGCAUGUCUACUGCCGUGGAAACAGAUUUUGGGCUCUUAGUGACGUUUGACGGCCAGCACUACGCCUCCAUUUCCAUCCCAGGCUCUUACAUAAACUCCACCUGUGGGCUCUGUGGGAACUACAAUAAAAACCCACUGGAUGACUUCCUCCGCCCGGAUGGCAGGCCCGCCAUGUCAGUGCUGGACCUGGGAGAGAGCUGGCGUGUCUACCAUGCCGACUGGAAGUGUGGCUCCGGUUGUGUGGACAAUUGUACCCAGUGCGAUGCAGCCACAGAGGCUCUCUACUUUGGUUCUGACUACUGUGGCUUCCUCAACAAGACUGACGGUCCCCUGUGGGAGUGUGGCACUGUUGUGGAUGCCACGGCUUUCGUGCACAGCUGUGUGUAUGACUUGUGCAGCGUGAGGGACAACGGCACGCUCCUCUGCCAAGCCAUUCAGGCCUACGCCUUGGUGUGUCAAGCCCUGGGCAUCCCAAUCGGAGACUGGAGAAUCCAAACUGGGUGUGUGUCCACCGUGCGGUGCCCAAGCUUCAGCCAUUAUUCUGUUUGCACCAGUAGUUGUCCUGACACCUGCUCGGACCUGACGGCCUCUCAGAACUGUGCCACCCCGUGCACGGAAGGUUGUGAGUGCAACGAGGGCUUUGUUCUCAGCACCAGUCAGUGUGUCCCAUUGCACAAGUGUGGCUGUGACUUCGACGGCCACUACUAUACCAUGGGGGAGUUCUUCUGGGCCACGGCCAACUGCACGGUGCAGUGCUUAUGCGAGGAGGGAGGGGAUGUCUAUUGCUUCAACAAGACCUGCCGGAGUGGGGAGGUGUGUGCUGUGGAGGAUGGCUACCAGGGCUGCUUCCCCAAGCGGGAGACUGUGUGCCUGCUCAGCCAGAACCAGGUGCUGCAUACAUUUGAUGGUGCCGCCUACGCGUUCCCAUCGGAGUUCUCUUACACACUGCUCAAGACCUGCCCCGAGCGUCCUGAGUACUUGGAAAUUGACAUCAACAAGAAGAAGCCUGACGCCGGGCCUGGUUGGCUCCGGGGUCUUCGGAUCCUUGUGGCUGACCAAGAGGUCAAGAUAGGAGGAGUCGGGGCUUUGGAAGUCAAGCUCAAUGGUCAAGAUGUGGAAUUACCCUUCUUCCAUCCUUCGGGGAGGCUGGAGAUUCAUCGAAACAAAAACAGCACGACCGUGGAGUCCAAAGGCGUGGUGUCAGUCCAGUACUCCGAUGUGGGCCUGUUGUACAUCCGGCUGUCUACCGUGUACUUCAACUGUACUGGGGGCCUGUGUGGCUUCUUCAACGCCAAUGCUAGCGACGAGUUCUGCCUCCCUAAUGGCAAGUGUACAGACAACCUGGCAGUGUUCUUGGAAAGCUGGACGACCUUUGAGGAAAUUUGUAAUGGCGAGUGUGGGGACCUGCUGAAGGCCUGCAACAAUGACUCGGAGCUGCUCAAGUUCUACCGGGGCCGCUCCCGGUGCGGUAUCAUCAACGACCCCUCCAACAGCUCCUUCCUAGAGUGUCACGGGGUGGUCAACGUCACUGCCUACUACCGCACCUGCCUCUUCCGCCUGUGCCAGAGUGGAGGCAAUGAGUCGGAGCUGUGUGAUUCUGUGGCCCGCUAUGCCAGUGCUUGCAAGAAUGCAGAUGUGGAGGUGGGCCCCUGGAGGACCUAUGAUUUCUGCCCUCUAGACUGCCCAGAGAACAGUCAUUUUGAGGAGUGUAUGACGUGUACAGAGACCUGUGAGACCCUGGCCCUGGGCCCCAUCUGUGUGGAGAGCUGCUCGGAGGGAUGCCAAUGUGAUGAAGGCUAUGCCCUGCAGGGCAGCCAGUGUGUGACCCGGAGUGAGUGCGGCUGCAACUUUGAAGGGCAUCAACUUGCCACCAAUGAGACCUUCUGGGUGGACCAGGACUGCCAGAUCUUCUGCUACUGCAAUGGCACAGACAACAGCGUCCACUGUGAGACCAUUCCCUGCAGAGACGAUGAAUACUGCAUGGAAGAGAGUGGCUUAUACUUCUGCCAGCCCCGCACCGAUGCUUCGUGCAUCGUCUCCGGUUAUGGCCACUACCUCACCUUUGAUGGCUAUCCCUUUGACUUUCAGACCAGCUGCCCUCUCAUCCUCUGCACCACAGGAAGCAGAUCAAUCUCAGACUCUUUCCCCAAGUUCGUUGUAACAGCCAAGAAUGAGGAUCGGGACCCAUCCCUGGCCUUGUGGGUGAAGCAGGUGGAUGUGAGCGUGUUUGGCUACAGCAUUGUGAUUCACCGGGCUUACAAGCACACUGUGCUGGUCAACGAUGAGCGAUUGUACCUGCCCCUGAAGUUAGGACAAGGGAAGAUAAACAUCUUUUCUUUUGGCUUUCACGUGGUGGUGGAGACUGACUUUGGCCUGAAGGUUGUGUAUGACUGGAAAACCUUCCUCUCCAUCACUCUUCCCCGGAGCAUGCAGAACAGCACCUAUGGCCUUUGUGGCCGCUACAAUGGCAACCCUGAUGAUGACUUGGAGAUGCCCAUGGGGCUGCUUGCACUGAGCAUCAACGAGUUUGGGCAGAGCUGGGUGAAGAGAGACACCUUCUGCCAGGUGGGCUGUGGGGACCGCUGCCCAUCCUGUGCCAAGGUUGAAGGUUUCUCCAAAGUACAACAGCUGUGUGGCCUCAUCCCCAACCAGGAUGCUGGCUUUGCCAAGUGUCACAGCAAAGUCAACCCCACCUUCUUCUACAAAAACUGUCUGUUUGACUCCUGUAUUGAUGGGGGUGCUGUGCAGACAGCCUGCAGCUGGCUACAAAACUAUGCCAGCACCUGCCAGACUCAAGGGAUUGCAGUGACCGGUUGGAGGAACUACACAUCCUGCACGGUCACCUGCCCUCCCAACAGCCACUAUGAGAGCUGUGUGAGCGUCUGCCAGCCUCGCUGUGCUGCCAUCCGCCUGAAGAGUGACUGCAAUCACUACUGUGUGGAGGGCUGCCAGUGUGACGCCGGCUAUGUCCUCAAUGGCAAGAGCUGCAUCUUGCCCCACAACUGCGGCUGCUACUCGGAUGGCAAAUACUAUGAGCCCAAGCAGCUAUUCUGGAAUGGAGACUGCACAAGGCGCUGCCGCUGCUUCAGGCGCAACCUGAUCCAGUGCGAUCCACGCCAGUGCAAGUCAGACGAGGAGUGCGCCCUGCGCAGUGGGGUGCGUGGCUGCUUCAGCACCAAGACCUCCUACUGCUUAGCGGCAGGGGGUGGCGUCUUCCGCACCUUCGAUGGCGCCUUCCUGCGUUUCCCGGCCAACUGCGCCUUCGUGCUUUCCACCAUCUGCCAGAAGCUGCCGGACAUCUCCUUCCAGCUCAUCAUCAACUUCGACAAGUGGUCCUCGCCCAACCUCACCAUCAUCUCCCCUGUCUAUUUCUACAUCAACGAAGAGCAGAUUCUCAUCAAUGACCGGAAUACUGUCAAGGUGAACGGCACACAAGUAAAUGUACCAUUUAUAACUGGCUUGGCAACCAAAAUCUACAGCAGCGAGGGGUUUCUGGUGAUCGACACCAGCCCCGACAUUCAGAUAUACUACAAUGGUUUCAACAUCAUUAAAAUCAGCAUCAGCGAGAGGCUGCAGAACAAAGUGUGUGGCCUCUGUGGCAACUUCAAUGGGGACAUGACUGAUGAUUACGUGACCUUGCGGGGGAAACCCGUGGUGAGCAGUGUGGUGCUGGCCCAGAGCUGGAAGACCAAUGGCAUGCAGAAAAGACCUCUCGCCCCCAGCUGCAACGAGCUCCAGUUCUCCCAAUACGCAGCCACGUGCGACAACGUGCACAUCCAGACCAUGCAGGGUGACGGCUACUGCCUGAAGCUCACCGACAUGAAGGGCUUCUUUCAGCCCUGCUACGGGCUUCUUGAUCCCCUCCCCUUCUACGAGUCCUGCUACCUGGACGGCUGCUACAAUCACAAGAAGUUCCAGCUGUGUGGCUCGCUGGCCGCCUACGGCGAGGCCUGCCGCUCCUUCGGCAUCCUCAGCACCGAGUGGAUCGAGAAGGAGAACUGCUCAGGAGUGGUUGAAGACCCCUGUGUGGGGGCGGACUGUCCCAACAGGACCUGUGAGCUAGACAACGGAGGAGAAUUGUGUGGCUGCAUUGAGCCGCCCCCAUAUGGAAACAAUUCUCAUGACAUCAUCGACGCAGAGGUGACCUGCAAGGCCGCCCAGAUGGAAGUGUCCAUUUCUAAGUGCAAGCUCUUCCAGCUGGGCUUCGAGAGAGAGGGUGUGAGGAUCAACGACAGACAGUGCCUCGGCAUCGAGGGGGAGGAUUUUAUCUCUUUUCAGAUCAACAACACCAAAGGGAACUGUGGAAACAUCGUGCAGUCCAAUGGCACUCAUAUCAUGUAUAAAAACACAAUCUGGAUCGAGAGCGCCAACAACACGGGCAACAUCAUCACUCGGGACCGUACGAUCAAUGUGGAAUUUUCAUGCGCUUAUGAGCUGGAUAUCAAGAUCUCCUUGGACUCUGUUGUGAAGCCUAUGCUGAGUGUCAUCAACCUGACAGUCCCAACUCAAGAGGGCAGCUUCACUACCAAGAUGGCGCUCUACAAAAACGCCUCGUACAAACACCCCUACCGCCAGGGGGAAGUUGUGCUGACGACUCGCGACGUUCUCUAUGUGGGGGUCUUUGUGGUUGGAGCUGACUCCACACACUUGAUCCUCACACUCAACAAAUGCUACGCCACCCCCUCCCGAGACAGCAAUGACAAGCUUCGGUACUUCAUCAUUGAAGGAGGGUGUCAGAACAUCAAAGAUAACACCAUUGGCAUCGAGGAGAAUGGAGUGUCCCUGACCUGCCGUUUUCACGUCACUGUCUUCAAAUUCAUCGGAGAUUAUGAUGAAGUUCAUCUUCACUGUGCGGUGUCCCUCUGUGACUCGGAAAAAUACUCCUGCAAAAUUAAUUGCCCGCAAAAUUCCAGGAUCGCCACAGAUUAUACAAAAGAGCCCAAAGAACAGAUCAUUUCAGUGGGACCUAUUAGGAGAAAAAGGCUGGACUGGUGUGAGGACAAUGGAGGUUGUGAGCAGAUCUGCACCAGCCGGGUGGACGGGCCUCUGUGCAGCUGUGUGACUGGGUCCCUACAGGAGGACGGCAGGAGCUGCAGAGCCUCGAAUUCUUCCGUCGAACUUCAAGUCUGGACGCUUCUUCUCAUCGUGACCCAGUUUUCGCUAUGGCAUUUUGUCUAUACAUCAGGCACGACCUCACAAUGA